CAAAAACGAAGCCAUAGGUGUUAAAGAGUUGAGGAUGCCCAUUAAAAAUUAAAGUAUGUAUGUUGUUCGAAUAUCUUGAAUCCUUCGAUGGAGCCUUUCAAGUCGUCUCCAUCUUCGUCAUCUUCUGUACCAACUGGAAGAUGGACACAUGAAGUGUUCCUAAGCUUUAGAGGCGAAGACACGCGCAAUAAUUUUGUAGAUCAUCUUUAUACUGCUCUAAGUCAAAGAGGAAUAUCUGUGUUUAAAGAUGAUCAGGCGCUCGAUAAAGGGAAACCGAUCUCCCGGGAGCUGCUGAAAGCCAUUGAAGAAUCGAGGUUUGCUGUGGUUGUUUUCUCUAAAAAAUACGCGGAUUCUUCAUGGUGUUUGGAUGAGCUUGUCAAAAUCAUGGAAUGCCGAGAUCAGAUGGGACAGAUUGUUUUACCGGUGUUCUAUCAUGUAGAUCCAUCCGAUGUACGUGGACAGAAAAAUGACUUCGAUUCCGCCUUUCAGGAACACGAGGACAAGUUUAAGGGAGAGAUGGAGAAAGUGAAAAACUGGAGGAAAGCUUUAGCUGCAGCUGCCGGUUUGUCUGGCUGGCAUAUCAAGGAAACAGGGAAUGGGGGUGAAUCUGCCAUCCUCAAGGCAAUUGUUGCAAAGAUAUCAAACAGCAUACAACCUCGUGAUUUGGAGAAACAUCUAUUUGGUAUCGAGUCUCGGAUAGAUGAAUUAUAUCCAUUAUUGGAUAUGGAAGCGACAGAAAAGGUCCACAUGGUAGGGAUAUUGGGAAUGGGAGGAAUUGGUAAGACAACUCUUGCUCAUGCUUUAUUCCGAAGAAUUAAGCAUAAUUUUGAGGGUUGUAGCUUUGUUGAAGAUGUUAGAGAAAAUAGUUCUAGUAAAAAAGAUGUAUGUGCCUUACAACAAAAGAUUCUAAGCGAUAUUUUAUAUCAAAUGCAUCCUUCUGGUAAAGUGAGUGUUGGUUAUCCGACUGUGAAUCCUGAGUAUGGAGCCAACAUGAUAUGUGAACGAUUUUGCCAUAAAAAGGUUCUUCUAGUUCUUGAUGACGUGGAUAAUGAUAAGCAGUUAGAGUUCCUAGCCAGAACACAUGAGUGGUUUGGCCCUGGAAGUAGAAUCAUUAUAACCACUAGAAAUGAGCAUUUGCUAUCAGAUGCAGAUGUCAUCUACAAGCCUGCUUUUUUAAGUAUGAAUGAAGCUGGUGAGCUCUUCUGUUGGCAUGCUUUUCGGAAAAGUAGCCCUCCUGAAGGGUAUGAGGAGAUCUCAGAUCGUGCAAUACGCUAUGCUAGCAGCCUUCCUCUAGCCCUAAAAGUUUUAGGUUCAUUCUUCCAUGGAAGGCAACUAAGUGUGUGGGAAAGUGCUUUAAAUAGACUAGGCAAAGGAUCAAUUGAUAAGAUUACUGAGACACUGAAGUUAAGUUUUGAUGGACUAGAUGCUUCUGAGAAACAGAUAUUCCUAGACAUUGCAUGUUUCUACAAGGACCAAAAUGAAGAAUAUGUAACUAGAGUACUCGAUAGCUUUGGUUUUGACCCGGUGAUAGGGAUUAGUGUUCUUAUUGAAAAAUCUCUUAUAACCGUUUCAAAUAAAAGGCUACAUAUGCAUGAUCUCAUACAGGAAAUGGGUUGGCAAAUAGUUUAUGAGAGUUUCCCGGAUAGCAGGGUAUGGAAACCUGAACAAAUUCAUAAAAUCAUCAAGGGAAAGAAGCAGAAGCUAAAAGCAUUAGAAGCCAUAAUGAUGACGGCCAAUUCAUGCCAUGUUGGUGCCUAUGUUUUAGUAGGCAUGCAAAAUCUUCGGUUACUUGAUAUUGACGGGAAAUUUACUUCUACCCAACCUACAUUUCUCCCUGAUGAGUUGAUAUGGCUUCGUUGGACUGAGUACCCGUUCAUGACUUUGCCUUUAGCGCAUAUGUGUAAGCUUGUUGGGCUUGAAAUAGCCAAUGGAAGCAUCAACCAUUUAUGGAAGGAACGAAAGAUUCUACCGAACUUGAAAUUUAUCCACCUCGAAGGCAUGGACAAGCUCACAUCAUUUCCAGAUGUCUCCGAGUCACCGAAUAUCGUGAGGCUAAUUUUGUCAUGUUGUAGGAGUUUAGUGGAGGUUCAUGAGUCUCUUGGAUCUCAUAGAGGGCUUGUUUACUUGGACAUGAGUGGUUGCAUUGGGCUCAAGUGUCUGCCAUCCAGGCUUGAGAUGGAAUCCUUGGAGACUCUAAUUCUCUCGGGAUGCUAUAGUCUUGAAAGAUUCCCAAAAGUCUCCCCAUGUAUGGUUAAGCUAUCACAUAUAAAUCUUUCUGCUUGUUAUACAAUAAAAGAACUGCCAUCAUCAAUCAGAUACUUGUCUAGCCUAAGCUUCUUGAAUCUCACAUACUGUUCGAAUCUUGAGAACAUACCAAACUCUAUAUGCGAGUUAAAGUAUCUUAAAUGCCUUCACCUUCAUAACUGCAAGGAACUGAGAGAUUUUCCAAAGGAGCUUGGAAACAUGAAAAUGUUAGAAGAGCUAUGGCUAGGAUUUACGUAUGACAUUCGAAGCCCACGUGAGCCUGUUGGCUUUCAUAGUUUGACAAGUUUAUCUUCCUUGAAAAGCCUAAAUCUCAGUUGGAGAGAAAUUGAAGAGGAAAAAUUCCCCCAAAAUCUUGAUGAACUGUCCUCCUUGGAAGAAUUAUAUUUAAGUGGCAACUCUCAGUUAGUUGAGUUACCUUCAAGCAUCUGCCAUCUUUCUCGUCUUAAACGCCUAGAGGUGAAUGAGUGCCCCCGACUUCGAAGACUGUGUGGGCUUCCAUCAAGCAUACAAGUAUUGAAAGCAAAUAAUUGUAGCUCACUGGGAAUGAUCGGAGAUCUAUCAAAAGAGUGUGACUGGUUGUAUAAGAUAUGGCUGAGUCAUAACCAGAAACUCUUAGAGGAUGAAGAGAAUCAAAGAUACCUUGAUAACAUGCUGCAACUAUCUUUCAUUAAGAAAUGCGCUGCUGUAGAUCAUCGAUUAAGUAUUACUAUCCCUGGAAGUAUGAUUCCAAGCUGGUUUGAAAAACAAAUGGAUGGGUGCAGAAUAGGACUGAAGUUACCUCAGAACUGGCAUACUGAGAUCAUGGGUUUCGUGGUAUGUGGCGUGUUUACUUACCAGUGGUCGAGAUAUAAUAUUCCUCCGCUCAUCAUCUUCAGAAUUACAAAGGAUGGAGCUGCCAUUCCUAAGCCGGAGGUUAAUGCAACUGAAACAACCGAGAAUACAAAUCUGUGGAUUAGCUAUAUCCCGUUGGGUGUCUUUCAGCAGAUAUAUCAUGAUAUUCAACCUGAAGACUGGUCUCAUAUUCAAGGUAAUCUUGACAUGACUGUAACAUUAGGAUAUGGUGUGGAAUCAGUGAGAUGUGGGGCACAUGUUAUCUACAAAGAAGACGUCCAACAGAUUACAACUUGUAUCUGUGAUUAUGGGAACGAUGUGCAUGUUGCUGAUGAGGAUGUUUCAUAUGAUGAAAUUAUCUAUGGCAACACUCGUGUUUAUAGAGAAAAGUUUGAUAUGAAAAGCUUGAUGCCUUUAAGAAGUAGAACCUCAGCAAGGCGCAACACGAAGCACAUAUUUUCUUUCUUACCGUCUUCCUUAGAUGGUGGUAGCCGGUCCUUUUAUUCCAAGGUUACCUCUCUUUUUUCACUAUUGGAUGUUUUGUCCUUUCAAUAUACUUUUUUUUUUUUUUUUUUUUUUGUACUUUUUUUUUUUUUUUUUAAGCAUUUAGAAACACAACUUUAGUGAAAACCAAAACCAAAAGUCACACGGUUCCUCUUUUACGAGGUGACCCUGUGAUUGUAUUGAUUUUUCUUGAUCAAAUAUUUAAUAUGUUUCAUGUAAAAUUGUUGUUGCAAAAAUGUUUAUUCCUGGUCAACUUACAUGCCAUCUGUUGAUUACCAAGCCAAGGAUUUUUUGCUGUCCACUAUUCGAAGAAAAUGAUACAAAUAACAAGUACAGUCUUCAAAAGUAACAACUACGAUUCCUUGAAGCUGAAAGCAAACUUGAAGACAACUAUCCGUAUAUUUAAGUUGCUCAGUCCAAAAUCCAGCUAGUAUACUACACCACUGUCUUACAUAGGUCGAGGUGGCUGUAGGAGAGUCCCAAAAGUAUACUCUACACUUUAUACUAUAUAUAUUUCAAAGUAAAUCUAUAUUCUUGGAAUUUUCAGUUGUUUUUCUAUGGGAUAAUGACUUAAAAGGGUAAUAUAUUCUUCGAAUUGUACA